GUUGUCAAGUGCUCUAAACCUGGCUCAUGUUACUGUCAUGAAAGCACAUUUCGAGACUCAUUUCAAGAAGAAAAGAAUAUUGUUUCCGGAUUCUCUUGUAUCUCACACUUGGGAAGCACGUCAAACAAGUGAACCAGAUGAUGCUGUCUAUGCAACUGAAAGUUUGGAGGAGUAUCAAUCUGAUGGGGGUUUCUUGGAUAACACUAAUCAAUCAGACGGUUCCUGUAAGUACAGCCAUGAACAAGAGAAAUGCAAUCAAGAAAGGAGCCAAAGUGAUCAUUGUGUGAGCUCUGAUGAGAUUGCGGUGAACUCGGAUGAUUUGAUCGAGCUUGAUGAAGAAGGUGGUGUUAACCAUGGGACUCUUUCUGCUCCUUUAGACACUGAUGAAGCACUUUCAGUGGAGUGCAUAACUAUUUUAGAAGAUAGUUGUGAGGAGGAUCUUGGACUACAUGAGAUGCCACUAGAGAUUGAGGUUCAAGUUGACGAUGAGGAUUAAGCUACAGUUGAAGAAACAGAAUCGAGACACGUUCAAGAUGUUCAAGAAAAGGUGAGAG